AUGGAGCAAUCAGCCCAAAACUCGAUGCAGGGCUUGCCUCAUGGGAAUACACAACUUCCAGCGGAUUAUUGGAAUACUCUUGAUGCGGCUUAUCCCGGUCCUGAACAGCACCUUUCGACCCAACCUCGACACCAAGCUCCGCAGCAGCACGAUUCAGCAUCUGAACCAUCACCCCUUGGCAUCGGAUGGGAUCACCCUAUUUUCCAACAGCAGCAAAGAGAUGUUGCCCAGCGACCGGACUCAAAUCAUGGCAUCUACUCAUCGAUCCAUCAACCUUGGCCGCAGUCGAACCCUCUGCAACAACCACCACAACGACCAUACGGAAAUUCGUCCCAGUAUCACACACAUCCUCAAGCUCCUCGAUUCCAACAAGGACAAAUGACCUUUGAUUCCCAGCCCUUGAGCGCAUCUGAAUCGUCGACGUUUCCGGCAUUUCCCUACCAGCCAAAUUACUUCCAUCCAUCACACCCACAAAUGCCAGUUCCCGAGACUUUUACGGAAUCACAUACGCAACAGAGGCUGCAGCCACGGGCGCCGCAACAACAGCCACAGCCGCUGGCUCCUACAUACUCUUUGCCUCAAGGUUACUCCGCGGAAAUGCUGCAAAAUACCAUUGACCUGACGCAGGACUACCCUGAUUCGGACCGAAACGUCACUAUCAACCCCCAGUUUUUAGACUCCCCUUCGCAGGCAUUCAAUCAACAACAGCCCUCGAUGGCAAACGGUUACCUCCAGGGUAUAUCUGCGGACUUCCAAAGACCCGGCAGUGAGCAGGCUAGACUAUUCAACUACUACCAAAACGAUCUUUCGGUUCAGCCGCAGAUGACGCCUACUGGAAAUCACGUUCUUUCGACACAUGCAGGACUGCCUGCCCCAGAUGCCCUGGCCGCAAAUAGUAAGGGUGCUCCUAAGAGGCGGCAAAUGAAGAAAACCGGCCCGAAGAAAGCCACGAACAAGUCGGAAAGUGAAAGUUCAGACGAAUCAGACCUCGAAAUUGAGGAACCCGACGAACCGUCUCCUAUCCCUCCAGUUCGACCGACCGACCCCGAGGCUGCAGCACAAUACGACACUCUUCAGGCUGUUUGGUCACCAAGGAAUAAAUGGCCGGGUCCCGAAAAGGUUAAGAAUGCGCUGGUAGCCUACAAAGAUGUUGUCAAGGCAUUGAGAGAUGCCUGGAAGGACCAGGUUCAGGCAAUGAAAUCGGCCGAGAAUGACGGCGACAAUGAUAAAGCGACUAAGCUGAAAGAAAAGGUCAUGCUGCAGCGCCGCACAAUGGACAAGAUCGCAACCACCACGUUGGAUAUGGGCCAUCCUAAUAUUGUUGAGAAGCUGGGAGAGCAUCCUAUGAUUGUUUCAGCCCUAUACUCCUUUUUGCUCGAUCGUUUCCAGGCAGCGGAUUAUGCUGGCAAUUUGACCAUCAACCUGCUUAAGAUCUUGUCACGUUUCUCGACUUUAACCGAGGAUUUGAUGCAGAAGACUAAUCUUUCCAAACUGCUUCCCAAACUUAUCAGGAAGGGUGGACCGGAGGUCAAGGAUCUGACACAAAAGAUUCUAGAUAAUGCUGCAGCCUGUACAAAGCGUAAGCAGGAGAACGAGGCACCAGCGAAGGAAGUGUCCCAGAUCAAGGGCCCUUUGGCAAAUCAGCCCAAGGGAGACGCUGGAUUGAAGCGACCACGUGAGGCGGAUGGAAAUCUACAAGCUGGCACAAAACGAAUGGCAGUCACUACCACCAACUUGAAGGAUGCGAGUAAAGUUGCACCUACUGGUAAUGGCCCAACGAAGGGAGCCCAAAGUAGUAAGCCAGCUAGCGCUGCAGCCUUGCGCCCUAAGGCCAACGUCGUGGCUCCCAAGCCAACAAGCUUGUUUGGAACCCUAAGUUCAGCAUCAAAGAGGCCUGGGACUACAAAUGCGGAUAGGGCAGCAGCAGCUGCUGCCGCAGCAAAACCAAAUACCGCCGCCGAAAAGGAGAAGGCACCGGCUCCCAAGCCAGCGUUUUCCUUUGGUGACCUUAUGGCCGAUUUGAACAAGCCAAAGCAGGCACCAACCCCUAAGCCUACCGAAGAUCAGCCACCAGAGACUGAAAUUGAGCGGAAGAAGCGACUACGUAAAGAAGAACGCCGUAAACUUCGCGUGUCCUGGAAGCCAGAUGAUGCGCUUACCGAAGUUCGACUGUUCACCCAUGAUCCCGAUGAAGAACUGGGACCUGGUGAUGGGUCAUUCCGUGGACUAGGUGACAUUAAAGGCGAAGGUAGCGUCCUCAAGCUUCACAAAGAUAUGGACGAGUUAGAAGAAGACGACCUUGGUGGUAUUCGCGAGACUGUGUUCCAAGAUGGCUAUACUCUUUCAAUGAUCGACUUCGCUUUCGACGAACCGAAAGAUACCAGCUUCAUCAAACGAGGUGGUCCACAGCUGCCUACAAGCCCCGAAAGGGAGGCCCAGGAGCUUCGGGAAGCCACUACCCUGAUGGUCUUCUACACUUCUCCUGCUGAGAUGCCUGAUACACCCAAGGAGCCCCCCACCCCUGACCCCGAUGAGGUUGUUACAGAGGUAGUGCCUUUCGGAGAGCUGCCCGACAGCGUCAAGGCUCGUCAGGAACGUUAUUACGCAUACAUCAAUCCAAAGCCUGCCACUCCUCUACAAACACAGCAAGCUGCUCCCGGAAACAUGGACAUCUCUAACCUCCUCAAACUCAUCCAGACUGUGCCUGGGCAGGCGCAGCCAAUUCCAGCACCGCAGGUGACUCAGCCCGGGCCAAUGCCCGACCUUGAGAGGACGAUCAACAUGUUCCGUCAGCAGCAACCUCAGGCCCCGACACCCCAGCCUCCGCAAAUUCCCAUUCCGCAGCCCCAAGGCCUCGAUUUCAACGCGAUUUUGAAUGUCAUGAAGCAAAUGCAGACGCCGGCUGCAUUCCCCCAGCAAGCACCAGCAAUGGCACCCAACCUCGGCGCCAUGUUCGCGCAAUUCGGUGGGCAGAACCAGCAUGCUGGCGCGCCAUUCCAGCCACAAGGUCAUGAAUACGAGGACCCAGAACGCAAGCGAGGCCGCGAGGGCGGUUAUUACGACGAGCCCCAUAAUUCUGAAUGGAGCCGCUCGAAGCGGACCAGAGUUGGCGCUAGCGAGCCCAAGCCUGAAAAUAGUAUAAGGUUGGACUUGUACCCUGCAGAUUCUGGGCUGAAGGCAAGUGUCGCAAAGGCGACAAUUGCACUUUCCGUCAUGAUCCUCUCUAAACCAAACGCCACACAAUUCUUCUCCGACUGA